AUGGGGAAAGCUCAUUCCAAAGACGGGAGUGUGGAGGCUGACCCCGGAGGCCAGGGGAAGCCACACCCUUUCCUUCUAGCCACCUUACUGCUGGGCUCUCCUGUCCGUCCUCAGGGUCACAUUGUCCACAACUGGAAGGCACGAUGGUUCAUCCUUCGGCAAAACACGUUGCUGUACUACAAGCUUGAGGGGGGUCGGAAGGUGACCCCUCCCAAGGGCCGGAUCCUUCUGGAUGGCUGUGCUAUCACCUGCCCCUGCCUGGAGUAUGAAAACCGACCACUCCUCAUUAAGCUGAAGACUCGAACAUCCACUGAGUACUUCCUGGAGGCCUGUUCCCGAGAAGAGAGGGAUGCCUGGGCCUUUGAGAUAACGGGGGCUAUUCACGCCGGGCAGCCGGGGAAGGUCCAGCAGCUCCACAUCCUGAAAAACUCCUUCAAGCUGCCCCCUCACAUCAGCCUGCAUUGCAUUGUGGACAAGAUGCACGACAGCAGCGGUGGAAUCCGGCCAAGCCCCAACAUGGAGCAGGGAAGCACCUACAAAAAGACCUUCAUAGGCUCCUCCCUGGUGGACUGGCUCAUCUCCAACAGCUUUUCUGCCAACCGUCUGGAGGCCGUGACCCUGGCCUCCAUGCUCAUGGAAGAGAACUUCCUGAGGCCGGUAGGUGUCCGAAGCAUGGGAGCCAUUCGCUCUGGAGACCUGGCUGAACAGUUCCUGGAUGACUCCACGGCCCUGUACACUUUUGCUGAGAGCUACAAGAAGAAGAUAAGCUCCAAGGAAGACAUCAGUCUCAGCACUGUGGAGUUAAGUGGCACAGUGGUGAAACAAGGCUAUCUGGCCAAGCAGGGGCACAAGAGGAAAAACUGGAAGGUGCGGCGCUUUGUUCUGAGGAAGGAUCCGGCUUUCCUGCAUUACUAUGACCCUUCCAAAGAGGAGAACCGGCCAGUGGGUGGGUUUUCUCUUCGCGGCUCACUCGUGUCUGCUCUGGAGGAUAACGGCGUUCCCACUGGGGUUAAAGGGAAUGUCCAGGGGAAUCUCUUCAAAGUGAUUACCAAGGAUGACACACACUAUUAUAUCCAGGCCAGCAGCAGGGCUGAGCGAACUGAGUGGAUUGAAGCUAUCAAAAAGCUAACGUGACAAGGAAAUGUGUUCCCAAAGGAACAGGAUUCCUCCCUCCUACCAGAAUGGUACAGACAGGAUUGCCUGCAGAAUGGGAGUGUGUUAAGACUUUUAGCCGCUGUAUAUUUUGUAUGCAAAGCUUGCAGUGAGACUGGAGUUCCUUUGCUCACAAUUGGCAGUGGUGCUUUUUCCUUCCCCACCUUCCUGUUAACAGCCUGGAAAUGCUAGAAUCGCCAUGAGGCAUCAGCAUCUUGACUUUCGCCCAUCCUCACAGCUAGCUAUUCCUCCGGCACCAAAGUAGGUUUUCCUGUUGUAACACUAACUAGCCAUAUUGUAAUACUAAAUAAAACACUAGUCUCAUGUUGGCUUUCUCUGAAAUGCUGUCAAAAACUAACUCCUUCUCUGGAAUGAAUAAAAACAGACAUUUCUA